AUGGGGUCCACUGAAAUUGUCGACUCCGGCAGGCCUUCCGGCGGGAGGUCUAAGUUCUCCCGCACGUGUUCCCUUUUGAGCCAGUACUUGAAGGAGAAGGGCAGCUUUGGGGAUGAGCUCAACCUCCGCUUCCAUACUCACAAAGGUUCUCAAUUAAUUAAGAAAUCGGGGUGUGAAGACGUGAAAGAAGAGAAACCCAAUCUCAGUGAUGUGGAAACUCCACAGAUGACCAUAUUCUAUGCCGGUCAGGUUAUGGUCUUUAACCGCCUUCCGGCGGCCAAGGCCCAAGAGAUCCUGAUGAUAGCCGCCCAGACCCGCCCCAAACCCGCCUUUGCCCGCCGCACACAUUUACCGAUUGCCAGGAAGAACUCGCUGGCCCGGUUCCUGGAGAAGAGGAAGCACAGAAUAACAGCAAAUGCACCUUACCCACCAAACAAACUGGAGGCGCAGCCAAAGCUGGCCGCAACAAGUGAGCCAUGGCUGGGAGUUGCUCCUGAGCUUACUAGCCAUUCGAUUAUUCCUCCAUAA